CUGGCCCACCCCGGUCCCGACUACCGGCAGUCCCUGGACGGCGACGUCAAGGGAAUGAAAAUCGGCGUCAUCAAGGAGCGGGCCGAUUCCCAAGACGUGGAACCGGACAUCAAAGAGGCGGUCGACCGGGCAAUAUCGCUUCUGGAGCAAAUGGGCGCCUCAAUCGAGGAGGUCUCCAUCCCGCUGAUCGACUACAGCACGGUAAUCUUCCAGGCGAUAUCCCGAAUGGAGGCAGCCAACGUGCAUGGGGCUGGAUCAGAGAACGACUCGAUGACUUCCCCCAUGGAAUCCGUGUAA